AUGCCUGGUCGUCUACAAAACAAGGUCGCCCUUAUCACUGGCGCGGGAUCCGGGAUUGGCCUCGAAUCCUCCAUUCUCUUUGCACAAGAGGGUGCGCACGUCGCGCUCGUUGACAUCAAUGGCCAGGCCGUGCAGAAGACUCACAAACUCAUUUCCGAGAGAUUUCCUAAUGUCAAGUCCGUUCCCAUCCAGGCGGAUGUCAGCAAGGAGGAUAGCGUUAAGAACAUGGUUGACGAGGCCGUCAAGGCCUUCGGUCGCCUCGAUAUCAUGUGGGCGCUGUGUGCGAUUCAGUUUAACAAUGCGGGGAUCAUGCACCCGGAGGACGACCAUGCCCUCAACACGGAGGAGCGGAUAUGGGAUCUGACCAUGAAUAUCAACGUCAAGGGCGUCUGGUGGGGCUGCAAGUACGCGAUCCUCGCAAUGCGUAACAACCCCACGGACCAGAGCAAGGGGCUCCACACUGGCGGCAGCAUUAUUAACACUGCGAGUUUCGUGGCCCUCCUGGGCGCGGCGACGCCCCAACUUGCUUAUACUGCGUCGAAGGGCGCCGUCCUCGCCAUGACACGCGAGCUGGCUAUGGUACACGCUCGCGAGGGCAUCCGGAUCAACUCUAUCUGCCCAGGGCCUCUCAAGACGCCCCUCUUGAUGGAUUUCCUCAACACGCAAGAGAAGAAAGACCGCAGAAUGGUCCACCUGCCCAUGGGGCGCUUCGGCGAAGCCGUCGAAGUUGCCAGGGGCGCACUCUUCUUGGCAAGCGACGAGAGCAGCUACGUGACCGGCACGGACUUUAAGGUCGAUGGUGGUCUCAGUUCAUGCUACGUGACACCCCUCGGAGAGCAGAUCUUGCCGGCACCCUCUAGUCUGGUUUAA